CCCCCGCUCAGAGAACCACACGGCGGAGGAGAACCUGGGAGAAAUGGCGGAGGGCGCUUCGACUCUCAAAGGCUUGCGGUCCCAGAUGGCUGCAGCUGCACAGGCCCAAGCAGAGGAGCGGCGCAGCCAGGCAGGAAAUAGUCCAGGACCUGCAACUAACACAUCAGCUAAACCUCAGGGGUGUAGACCAGUCCUCGACGGUGCUGCUCUUAGAAUAGACGACCGACUGCGAGUGGCAAAAGAGAGGCGAGAGGAGGCAGACAGACAACAGGUUUUGCGAGAUUCUCAGAUUAUGGAGCGGGAGCGUAAGGCCAAGCUGCAAGUGGAGCGUCAGAUGGAGGAGCGUCAGAAAAAGGUUGAGGAACAGCGGAAGAAGGAGGAGCAGAAACGACAGGCUGUGGAGGAGAAGAGGAAGCAGAAACAGGAAGAGGAAAAGGAGCACUACGAGGCAGUGAUGCGGCGGACAUUGGAGCGUAGUCAGCGUGUUGAGCAGAGGCAGAAGCGAUGGUCUUGGGGAGGACUGUCCACAGACUCUGAUGGACGAACAGGAGAUUCUGAUGCCAGCGCCUCAUCUCCAGUAACUAUAGUUAUCUCCCCUGCCUCGCCAGACAAGCCACCGAGGAGUCGACAAGUGGACAAGCGCUCCACAUCCACCCUGAACUUGAAACAGUCGUCCGAGGCUGGCAUCAGCAAACGCCUAUCCUCUUCCUCUGCCACCCUCAUCAAAUCUCCCGACAAACGUGUUAAGCAGAGGAGUUCGUCUUGUAACCGGUUGCCUAGCAAUGUGAAUGCUUCUCAGGCCAGUAAGGAAGAUGGCAAAAAGCUUCAGGUGGAAAAGACAGGCCAAUCCAUGAAGAAGAGAAGUUCCUCCCUCACUCGAGUAAGUGUGGGCAGAGCACAGACCCCUACCAAGCCUGAUAAGGGGACAACGGAUGAUCAAGCCUCUGCCACUCCCCUGCACCCACCACGCGGACCUGUGCGCAGCCGUAGCAUUGACCGACAGAAGAGCGGCAUGACCACCUCGGUUUCAGCCGACGGAGCCCUCGACCCUUCAAUGAAGGACAAGCAGUCAACAUCGCCGGCAGCCCAGCGUCCCGCCUCCCCAUCCUCCACCCUGGGACGCAACCGCUCACCAUCCCCAGCCCCCAGUCCAGCUCCAAAGAGGACCCCCUCCCCAGCAGCAUCCAAGCAAAGUUCCAAGACACGCCCAUCAUCACCUGGUGGAAUGAAACGUCCCCCAUCUCCCCAGCCCACAGCAACCAAACCCCCACCCAUCCAGAAACCAGCUCUUACUCCAACAGGACCCCCUACUUUACGAAAGAGAGACUCCAAGUCCAAGGAUUUGUGUCCUGUCCAGGCUGUGUCUCCGCAGUCCUCUGACAGCAGCAAGACCAAAGACAAAGAUGACUCGAAGGGCUCAACGGGAACCAACUCGGCUGCUGAGGCAGCAAAGAUCCUGGCUGAGAAUCGCAGACUGAUGCGAGAGCAAAAAGAGAAAGAGGAGUUGCUCAGGAUACAGAAGGAGGAAGAAGAGAAGCUUAAAAAGGAAGAGGAACAGCGUGUAGCGGAAGAGGCCCGACUGAAACGUGUGGAGGAGGAGAAGAAGCUUGCAGAGGAGAAAAAAGUCAGAGACGAAGAGGAGGCUCUGAUGGCGGAGGAGGAGCGGGUGAGACUGGCAGAGGAGGAGGCCGUGAAACAGGUUGAGCUACAGAAAGAACGAGAGGAGGCUGAGGCCAAGGCUCUGGUGGAGGCGGAGAAAGUACGUGUGGAGAGAGACCGCGUCAUGCAGCAGAACCAGCAUGAGCGAAUGGAGAGAAAGAAGAGAAUUGAUGAGAUAAUGAAGAGAACUAGAAAAGGGGACCCUAAUGACAAGAGAGACGAUGAUAAAUGCUCACAGGACAAUGACGACAAUGAUGACGACGAUGAUGUGGACUCAAACUAUGAAGCAAACGCAGAGAUGGAUGACAUCGCCAUGGAGGCCGACAAAUAUGAUGAGUGCGGUCUGUCCUGUGAGCCAGAGAAUAUGAGAGAGGAGGCCCUGGGCAGGGUGAACGGAAAACCAGAGACUGACGAUAAGGAGAACAACAAUGGCAUAAGCACAGAUGAGACCCAGGCAAUAAGUCCAGUCCCUAAAGGCCGCCACGUGGAGGGCUCCGAGUUCCUGAACGAGCAGGACUCUGCUAAAGUGGGCUUGAGCCCAGGUGUGAACGGUAAAUCCAACCAGUGGAGCUUUGAGGAACUGAAUGACCUCAACGUCCACUCCAAGACCCCCCUCAUCGCGGCGGAGGACUGUAACCAAGUCUUGAUCAACUGUGACGGGAGCUCAGAUGGGACCAGGGUCGCCUUCGAGGACAAGGGAACCCCCGUCAACCCCCUGCAUUCCUCUAUUCAACCCAUAGAAGCCCUUUCAGAGAUGUGAUGCUGCUUCCAUCCCUGCGAAGCCUCUCACUGUUGCACUCCUGAAGUUCCUAUUAAGCUGAGCUCAUUAAAAAUAACAAAAAAAGCAAGUCCUCUACCGGUUCCAAACAGCUUCCUCCUCUUUGUCCUCCUCCUCUUCCAGACGGAGGAACACAAGGUGAAGCGGAAAGACCUCCCUAAGUGCUACCUUUGCACCGCACAUUAUGAGGAAACAUAUGUAUUGAAAUUAUAUAUUUAAAAAGAUAUUCUUCAGGGAAAUUCCAUAUAUUCCUUAAACAUGCUUUCUUCAGGUCUCUUUCCUCUCCCACUUGUGUUUAGUUCUUCUCCCACAUGUUUUCCCUUUUGUUCCUGUGUUGUGUCCUAUUUUGAUGUUUUUUAAGAGCUUUGUCAGGGGUGCAUUGUUGUAAUUUAUUAAUUUUGGCUUCUUUGUUAUUGUAAUUAUUGUUAUUAUAUGUUAAGUUUUUUGUUUCUCUUCUGUGACAAUAUUCCAGGACACGCGCGUGAACUGACAUUGUGAGUAAAUGGAAGGAACGUUUAAACGGUCUGUCCUAGCGGGGGUUGAGGGGGCGGAGCAUCCCAGGAUUUGCAUGUGAUUCACCUAAAUUUACUUGACCGGCUGUUUUUGCAGCAUCCAGCAAUAUGGCCUUAUCGUGUUUCCCAACCUCGAUGUAUGAAUAUACUAAAUUCUUUGUGCUAAAAGCUCACACGCGCACAGUUCAGCCGUCUCAGUUGGGAGCAGAUUCUUUAUUCAUGCUUCACCUCACACAUCUCGGUUCUUUCACCCCCAUUGUUUUUCAUGCCAACCACACACUCGUCUCCCAGCUUCUCCCUCCCUGUGGUUCCUUCGUUGGCCACUAGAGGGAUUCAGGCGCUCGGCUGUAACGUUUGAAGCUGUUUGGUGUCGAGAUUAAAUGUCGACACAGUUGUGAAUUCAAAUGUUCGGUGGAGCCUGAGCACUUGGUCGAUUUAGAGUUGGCAGUUCAUUUAGGUUCCGUGUAUAUAAACUGUAUGUUUCUUGAGUUGUAUCCAGUUUUAGUGUCUAACAUCUGUUAACGCCGCCGCCUGCAGCUGUUCCACUCGCUUAACACAAGUGGAGUUCAUUAGUUUCCUUCAUUGUGUCUUUGGAAAACAGUUUUCUGUUAACUGACCUGAACUUGAAUGUUCUGUCAAUAAUGUUAAACUUUCAAUUAGUUUUUCCAUUUUGUGCUUCAUCACAUCCAUACACACAUUUCCUCCACUCAUCCUUCCACCCGUGCGGCUUUAUCAUCAAUUUCACUUCUGUCCCACUAAACCUCCUCUUACACAAGCUGCUGCAUCUGAAACAAAUGCAUUUCAACUAUUUUUGAUAAUAUACAAAUUUGGCUUUUUGUUUGUUUAUAUAUGAAAAUACAUUUCUACAUAUAUUUAAGUGUUAUUGUAUUGUGUAUAUAAUCAGUAUUAGGCAAAUGAAGCCCUGUUCCGGUGGGAGUGGUGUCAGGAUGUGGAUAAUUGAAGUCUCUGUGUAUGUGUAUGUGCGUAUAAGAUUUAAGGUCUCUGUUCUUCACGUGCCCUGUGAGGGGAAGUCAGAUUUGGCGUAGGGCACAUUGGAAAACUAAUAUUUAUCUGAAGCCCUCUUCCAUAAGAGCCCUGCAAAAACAAGGGGCCACUGUGCUGUGUGUCCCCAAGCUCUGCUUUUGAUUCAGAUAUUGCCUCAUAAAAAAACAAGUCAACAUUUUGAUGGUGAGCCGAGCUCUUGCCCUCAGCGACAUGUCUGAGCCGUGAAAUCAGUCGCGUCUGUGCCUCACAGUGAUUUUAAUGUCACAGAAAUAUGUUUUAGAAAUUGUCGAAGGAUGAGGGGAUGUCGGCUCCUCCGUUGCAACGAUGCACAUCCGCUAAACCAAACCAGACGUGGGGCCAGACUUGUUUUGCCGCACUGUUGAACUGUCUGUUCUGGAUUUUUGUACUGAAACGUUUAAAUUCCCUGAUGCUUGAAUUGUCCAAGCAACAGGUUGGGGGACCUUGAUGUUUUGUUUUUGCCUUGUUCUCUGCUGGCUGACUAAAACUGGCUUUCAUUAAUAAGCUCAAAGAAUGUAACAGACUCCAUAAACCGUCCUUCAUUAUUUACCACAUCUCUCAAAAGCUGCCCGCUUUUAGCUUUCGUGCAUUAUUCAUCUAGGAAACGCGACGACUCUUUGCACUGUUUCAAAGUAACUCGCUGUGUUUUAAGAAUGGUAAAAUAAGAGUAGCUUUACUGUACAAAGCCCAAGGAGAGUUGUGUGAUAUUCUGGAAGAUGACGUCUAGGCUUUGUUCCCGUUCACACAUUUUAAAAGUCUCAUUCAUAACCUGAAACUUCGACCUACUCAUGCCUACACCCAAACUCCUCCCUACCCCUCCUUCCGCUCAUGUGUAGCACCUGUUUGGGGGCUGUUGUAGCUGCUGCUUGAACAGAUACUGUAUCUAUUCCAGGUCCUGCUGCAUCUUUUAGGGCUCAAGCGCUCAACGUUGUCUGAUACAAUAGGAUAGAACGGUGCCUUAGAUUGAGAUUUAGUAUUUUUAUUGUAUCACUUGUUACUAAGGAAGUUUGUCUUUACCUCAGCCUCGACAAUCAGUUCACCCAACCAGGGCAACUGUGUGAAUAUUGAAUAUUUCUCUGAAAGAUUUACAGACCUAACAACGCCCUGUUCAGAAAAUACAAAUUUGUACUGUAAAUAUAUCUAAAAGUGUACUGAGUUGACACAAACUGUUACAACAAUAAAGUUUGCAAAAAUA